CUCAAAAAUUUAAAUCUCACAAUAAAAAUUUUAACUUGUACACAAAUUCUAACGGAAAUCGUGAUAUUAUACAGUGAAAUAUUACACAGCACUAAAAGGAUUAAAUAAAUCAAUUAAAUAAAUUCACAUUCAAAAUCUUUUCAGGUCUGUGGACUUCGACAGCAGGUUAAAACACUACCACCUUGGUUCCGUAGAUCUUAUAGUCGUCCCUGAAAUAACACGAGACGCCGAAGGUGGCGACCCUGUAGGUGGCAGUUGCGCUAGGUUCUUGUUACACGAUGCGAAUCCGGCACUGGCGCCCCAGUCAUGUCAGCCAAUAGUGGGGGAACAGUUACGUUUCACGUGACACGCUGGCGCUUUGGUGGUAGGGAUCGAUCCAUGAUCACGUGAUCGUUUGGCGCCGAGAUAGUGGGGACGCACCUACCACCCCUUCGGAUAGAACGAACCGGAGGAGACCGAACCACGGUACGACGACAAGCGACAUUCUGACCUGGUAAGUCGCCAGUGUCGGAUCGUGAGGAAGUGAAUAAGACUAAGCUUGCGUCGCAGGACAUUUAAAUCACCCGAAGCCAAGUUGUUUCAAAAGGGGAACAGUUUCUUCGUGCACCUAUCCAACAACGUAAACCUAGGUGCAACGAACUAUUCACAAGUAACUCUAACCGACGAAACACAACCAACAAGGCCGAAUUACGCUUAUUUAUAAUCCUACAACCUACGUCCUACGUCCCUUCGAACGAUCUUUUUUAUUCAUUCGCUAUUAGUGUGUGUUCGAGCUAUUCAUUUUAUUUUUUCUCUUUUCUUGAUCGAGAGGCAGCUUCGACGAUACGAGGAUAUAUAUGUACAUAAAGAAAAUAGGAGAGCUCAAUACAAGAAAAAGAGCUGUACAAUUUGGUAACUACGCCAGACGAAAGAAUAUCAGAGACGAAAGGAGAGUGUGUUGUGCAAGGGAUAAUAAAACCCGGCUUUUUUUCACGUCGUCGAAUUUCGACGUUGUGUUGUAUAUAUUGUUUUCGCGUACAUAGCCUCUAGGUGAGUGAUAUAUUCGAAGUCAUUGCCCGAAACCAAGGUCCUGUACGUGUAUGUAUACACGCGUAUGACAUGUGUAUAUAUAUGUUAUAUUUUGUGAAGUGUUGAGUGUCCUGGCAAGCGUCUUCUCGUGCGAAUUCGUGUGAACUACCGUAUCUUUACGAUCGAUUCGUGCAUGCUCUGUCUGGUCGCGCCGGCGAAAAACGGUUUGGCAACGUGGCACGUGAAUAAAGUGACACCGCGACGACGGCGACGGCGACGACGACGGCGGUGAGAAGGGACGGAAAAAACGAAGGAGGAGAGAAAAAAAGUCCGAUCCCCGAGAAUCUCUGUGCGUCGUCGAAAAGCUUGACACACCGGGAUAUCUUCGAUCGCGAACAGUCACCGGAGAAAAAGGAGGAGGAGAGGCUGUGCCGCCGCCGCCGUUUCUCUGUUGUGCGUGUGCGUGUUCGAGAGGUUAGAAACGCCACGGGAUCAUGGAUCUGCUUUGCUGCGAGACUACUGAGACUGAGUGCAGAGCCUACGCUGAUCCAGCCCUUCUUGGUGAUGACCGUGUGCUGCAAAAUCUACUGAAAACCGAGGAAAGAUACGCGCCCAGCAGUUCUUACUUCGAGUGCGUGCAGAGGGACAUCUCGCCGCUCAUGCGCAAGAUUGUCGCGGAGUGGAUGUUAGAGGUAUGCGAGGAGCAGAAGUGCCAGGACGAGGUCUUCCCCCUGUCGAUGAACUAUGUCGACAGGUUCCUCUCGAUCUGCCCGAUCAGGAAGUCGCAGCUGCAGCUGCUAGGAACUGCCUGCCUACUUCUCGCCUCGAAAUUGCGAGAGCCGUCACCGCUCACCGCGGAGGUUCUCGUUUUCUACACAGACAAUUCCAUCACCAUGGAUGACUUAUGGAGGUGGGAACAGUUGGUCGUAUCGAAGCUGAAAUGGGAAUUAUCCGCCGUAACGCCUGGUGACUUUUUGAUGCACAUCCUGAGCAGACUGCCAGUACCACGUACUUGGGAUCCAGUAAUGGUCAGAAGGCACGCGCAAACUUUCAUCGCUCUUAGUGCAAGAGAGUACAAAUUCUCGAUGUACACACCAAGCAUGAUAGCGGCAGCGAGCGUCGCGGCAGCCCUUCACGGACUCGAUUGGACAGGGAAAAGCGGUUACGGACUGGCCGGCCUCCUCGACGAGCUAACUCGCAUCACGGCUAUCGAACAGGAUUAUUUGCAAGGUUGCUUGGAACAGAUCGAAGAGAUGGUUUCUCAAGCAGUAGGUGCUGAUGGUGCCGGCGGAAAUGGUCAUCAGAUGACUGGAUCAUCGGGUGCGUCGCAAAGGCCUCUGGGGGACGAGAUAACCAGCCAGGAGAAGAUCCUGGAACACGAGAAGGCGGGAACACCGACCGACGUGAGGGACGUCCAUUUUUGAGAGACGCCACUGAGGGAAACUCUGGCCAGGGUGACUCUCUGCUGAGCCUAGAAGCCGAGGAGGAAAGGAUAUUACCCAGCAGCGAAGAAGACGACGAUGCUGGGAAAUCCUCGGCCGAGAAGAGGAUGAAUGAAUGAAGAAUGAAGAGAAAAAAUUCGAGUGAGGAAAUACGCUGAAGAAGAAAAUUCCUGAAGAAGAUAGAUAUAUAUAAGGAAAAAGGACACACAGAAUAUGUUAUGCUUGCUCGACCGAAUCGUUUGAUUUUAUCUUCGUCAUCACUGUGAACAAAAUCGUCUUCGAAAAGAGAAAGAGAGAGAGAGAUAAAGAGAGACAUCUCAGAACGUGUUCGAUAUUAUAGUGUUCUGUACGAAUUUUGUACAUUCGUCGAUAAUCGAAUUAAGGAACAUCGAGGGAUUAGAGACAAUAUUUUUCUUUUUUUUUUGAAUCAAAUCCUCCUGUAGUGCGUUUUAAUCGGAGGAUUAAUUCAUCGCCAUUUUAGCGGGCGAUUGUUUGAACGAUGGAAGAUUAUUUUUCACGUGCUCGAUUCGCGAGAGCUCAAUUGAUGCAAACGAGUUUUAGCCGAUCUGUAUAGAUAAAGCUAACCGAUAGCUGUUAUAGUUUUUACUCAAGGAUCGAGCAAC